AUGCAGCGCCUAGCACAACAAGACCUCUUGUAUCGCCUUGAUUCAUUACAAACCGCUUUGGAUAUCCCCGCGCUGCCCUUACUUCCGGGAGCGGAUGAGCCUUUGAUGGGGGAUGAAGACGAAAUGGACAUGAGAUCACUUGAGAUCGCUGUAUCCGAGUUAGAAACGGCAAGCAGGAGGGGUGAGCUAGCUCGGUUCAUCUGCUUCCAGCAAAUCAAGGAGAUGUGA